UGUUGAGCUGAUAUCGAACAGAAACAGAACCGAAAAAAACUAAAUUCCGAAAUUUUUUGACCCAAAAAAAAGGAUUUUUUUUUCUGGUUAUAACCAAGAUGUAUGAUCCAUAUAAAAUUCAAUCAUCGAAAUUAUUUUUCGAUUUUUUUCAUGAUGGUAAAAUUUUUCCAACCGAUAAAGUACUGGAUUCGGCAAUCUAUUUGCUUGAAAAUGGUUCACCAUAUCGUGAUUUAAUAUUGGAAUUUUUUACAACAUUAUUUCGUGAAUGUUGUCAACAAUAUUGUUUAAUAAAUUCAUGUUUGAAACAAUUGAAUGAUAUAAAACCGAAAAAAAUUCAAUCAAAUAUUUUGAAACAAUUUAGUGAUGCUUUGAAUGAAACUACUACCACCACCACUACUUUAUCCAAUCACCGUAUUAAUGAAGAAUUGAUCAAAAGUGAACCAAUGGAAAUUAUUGAAGAUUGUCCAUUAAGUCCACCAAAAGAACCAAUCGGUGAUUUUGAUAAAGAAGAUUUAUCAUUUGGAAACAGUAGUAAUAAUAAUAAUAAUAUGCAAAAUGAUCUGCUUGUUGUAAUGAAUUUGAUCGAAAGACAAAUGCCUAAAAUUACCCGAACACUUUUAAAUCUUUUAAAACAAGAUCAUCUGGAACAAAAUCAUCAACAUGUUCGAAUUUCAAAUUGGGCAUUAACAUUGGCUACAAAUAUCAGUUUGGAUAAUCAUUAUUUAAUCGAUAAAUCCGAUGAAAUUAAUUUAUCCUUGGUGAAAGCUUUAAAUUUUUGGAAACCAUGUUCAUUUAUGCAAAUUUUAAUACAAAUAUUAUUCGAAUCAAUUCGAAUGAUUGAACCAUCAACAAUGAUCAAUUUGAUUUUGAAAUAUUCACCAACAUCGGAUUGGAUUUUAGCCAAUUUAUUAACCGCUAUGACUGAUGAUUGUCUUUUGACACAAUAUUUAGAGCUGUUAAUCAAUCAUUCAUCAUCAAUUCAUAUACUUUCUUAUGUUUCUGAACAUAAUCCAAAUGCAAUUGCAAAUUGUUCCAAAUCAAAUAUACCAUUUCUAUUGAAUUUAUGUACAAAUUCACAACCAUUACUUAAUCUAUUGGCAAAAGAUUUGAUCAAAAAUGUUAAUGUAAAAACAAUGAAUGAAUUUGCUGAACAACAUCAAUUCGAUAAUGAAUUAAAUCCAUCAAAUAUAUUAUAUUGUAUACUCAAUGCACCAAAUGCAUUUGAAUUGUUAAAAAUUUCAUUCAAUUUGAUAAUGGAUUCAAAUUCAUCGGAGAAAUUAAUAGAAAAACUUUUAAAUCUACUUGAAUCAAUGGUCAAACAAAUACAUUUAACAACAAUCAAUUCAUUGUCGAAUAAUACAUUUAUUCAUUUUCAAUCUUUUCAUUUAUCAUCACAACAACAACAACAACAACGAAAAGAUACAAAUUGUUUGCUAACAAUAUUACGUAAUCAUAUUGAAGAAUUGGUGGAUUUUUUUUUCAUCACCCAAAAUCGACAAUUGAAAAAAAUUCAAAUGAAAUUGAUAAAUUUAACUUGUAUAAAUUAUGGCCGAGAAUUUAUUGUUGAAGUAUUUCAUUAUUUAAUGAAUUUACCACAACAACCAACAACGAUUAAUGUUGGAAGUUAUCAAAAUCCAAAACUAAAUAAUCAAUUUUUAUCAUUAUUGAAUACAUUACGUAUUGAUUUUGGUUAUGAAGUUUAUGAUUGUAUAAAAGAAACAUUAAAUUUACAACAACCAAAAAAAUUGGAUUUUUGGGCAAAUUUAAUGAUUUUUAAUGAAUCAAAACCAAUUGAAUUUGAAAUAGCGAAUCUUGUUUAUUAUCUUGAUCAACGAUUCAAUGAACAACAACAAGAUGAUCAUUCAGAUAUUAUACGUAUUUAUUAUAUAUUACGAAUAUUGAUCAAAGUUUUUGAUUAUUAUGAUGAAAUGUAUUAUCAAGAACAAUAUCGUUUAUGUUUAACAUUGAUUAAUAUUUAUUUUGAAUUAAUCAACAUAAUGAAUAAUGAUAAUGAUGAACAAACAUUGGCAAUAAUAUUGGAUUGUUUAGUAAAUUGUCAAGAAUUUUUAAAAAAAUUAUCCUUAACAUUACAAUUGAAUGAAUGGAUAAUAUUACAAACAAUAUUGGAUUAUAUUCGAUUGAAAUCAAAUUUAUUUACAAAUUAUUAUCCAAUUGAUUCGAUGUCGACAAUGGCAAACAAUGGCCAUCAUAAUAAUCAAUGGCCAAGUUUAUUGAAUGAAAAUAUGAAUUGUUAUAAUUUAAAAUUGAAAAAAAAUCCACUAAUACCAUUUUAUUCGGCAAAAAAGAAACAACGUUGUUUAAAUCGAAAUUCUUCAUUCAACAAACGAUUGAUAAUUGAUUUGAUUGAUGAUUGUAUGAAUUAUUCAGCAAUGUUUGCCGAUAAUUUUACCGAUUCAUUAUCGAAUCAAUUAUUAUUACGUGAUGCACCUAUUUUGGAUGAAGAUCCAAAAGAUGGUCAAGUUCAACAUCUACGGAUGACAUUUGAAACUGAUCUACAUAUUUAUCGAUUAUUUGAUCAGAAUCCAAUUUUAUGGAAUAUUUUACAAUUAUUAAGUCAAAAAAAAAGUUUAACCAGAUGUUUAGUGAUAAUUCGUUGUAUUAUAAAUGUACUUCGAACGAAUUUAGUAUCAUCAACUUCGAAUGAAAAUCAUUUAUUGGAUACACAAAGAUUUAUAUGGACAAUGGCCAACGAUGAAAUAUUACCACGAAUACCAUUUAUUUACAUACCGGAAGCAAUUAAUGAACAAAUCAAACCAUAUGAAGUGGCAUAUGUUUUACAUGAUAUUGCUAAAUAUAUACGUGAUAAUCAAUCGAGAGAAACUAUUCAAAUACCAAGACCUUAUCUUAUACGAUUACGUUCAAUUUUAGCACAUAAAAAACCAAAUGAAGCUUAUUUGAAAAUAUUUAAAAAUCUUUAACAACACAAUGUUUAAAUGAAUGAAUGAA